CCAGAACACUCCCACACGACACACGAGCGCCACCCCAGCGAGCGCGCGCUCUACUGGCAUGGCGAGCGGCGGCGGCGCUGCGGCGCGGAUGGACCCGGAGGCGGCGACGGAGCUGGUGCGGAAGGGCUCCACGCUCCUCCUGCUCGACGUCCCCCAGCGCACCCUUUUCGGAAUCGAUACCCAGGUGUUCUCUGUCGGGCCCAAGUUCAAAGGGAUGAAGAUGGUGCCUCCGGGGCCCCAUUUCGUCUACUGCUGCUCUUCCAGCAGGAGUGGGAACGAGUUUGCACCUACUGUCGGUUUCUUUCUUACUACUCAACCAUCUGAGGUGAUUGUUCGAAAGUGGGAUGCACAAGAGGAGAGGUUAAUCAAAUUGUCAGAAGAGGAGGAAAUCAGAUACUCUGAAGCAGUAAGGCGCUUUGAGUUUGAUGAUCAACUUGGACCAUACAAUUUGGAUUCUUAUGGAGAUUGGAAACAACUUUCAAGCUACUUGUCACAGAGUGCCAUUGAACGUCUUGAACCUAUUGGAGGGCAAAUUACAAUUGCAUUGGAGUCAUCAUGGAUGGAUAAAGCUCCCCAAAGUGACAUGGAGAGACGCUUGAUGGAACAAUUAAGAGAGACCAAGUUUGCAAAGAAUGCUCCUGUGCAGGCUGAGCGGAGAGGAUGCUACUACACAAGUAUCCCUGCUUCAGUUAAGCAUAAGGACGUCUCUGGGGGUGACUUGACAGCACUGAACUUGGACAAAACAAGCUUGCUGGAAAGUGUUUUGGCAAAAAAUUAUCAAGGCCAAGAAGAUUUACUCUUGGGGGAGCUGCAGUUCGCUUUUAUAGCUUUUAUGAUGGGCCAGUCACUAGAGGCUUUCAUGCAGUGGAAAGCAUUAGUCAGCCUUCUCUUGAGCUGUAGUGAAGCUCCUCUUCAUACAAGGACUAACCUGUUUGUAAAGUUUCUUAGGACAUUUUACUACCAACUCAAGCAUGGAUUUCAACGUACCCAAGAUUCCAGAAGUGAGGAUGUGGGCAGCUCUCUGUUUUUGGAUGAAGCAUGGUUUUCAAGGGACAUAUUCCUGUACCGUCUUUCCAAGGAUUUCUUUACAGUAGUAUUUGAAGCCCCUGUCGUGGAUGGAGACCUUCUAUCAUGGGCUAGAAAACUAAAAUCGCUUCUGGAGACUACAUUUGGAUGGGAUCUCGAGGACAAUGCAGUGAACCUCAUUGAUGAAGAUGACGAGUUUGCUCCUGUGGUUGUGGAAAUGGAUGGGUCGUAGGCUAAUGAGGUUGGAUUCCAUGGCAUCUCUGGAGGUUAUGGUACGCCUGGAAGAACGCAGAAAACUUGCAAUGGUCCAACCUUUUAUACUUCGAUUGGUAUGUUAAGUCACGCACACAAUGUUAUUAGGAUCUUAUGAUGUUCGGUGUUGAUCUAGGCACAUGGUGGUGUGCUGAUGUCUAUGAAGUUUUAUUUCCUGUGACAUGACUAAUGAUGGAUUUAGUUGCCGGUUGACAUCUUGUUUUUGAAGAUAGGGAUAAGUAGGAUCCUUUGAUAGUGCUCCAGUGGUCCUGUGGUAUCCUAAUUGCAGGAGUGUCUGGCCUGUAUAUAUGUGAAAGCUUUGACUCUAUAUCUGCAUCAACAACAGUAUAUCUUUGAUUGGUAGUA